GGCAUAUCUCUCCUUUCCUUCCAGUAUGUCACACGCUUCAUCGAACUGAUACUAUGACUCUAGUGGAUCCUAUCCCACCACCGUCUUUGCUCGUACAGCUCAGCGAACCACUAGCUGAAAAGUUGAGCUUGACGACCCUACCCUACCAUGUCCACGAGAUCCUUCUUGGCUUCCUUGGAUACCAUGUCAUCCUCCAUGUCCUCUCGCCCGCCAUUUCGCAACUCGUGUGCCCCAAGACGUACCGAGGCUUCAACAAGCGCACGCGACUCAACUGGGAUAUACACUGGGUGUCUAUGAUACAAGCCCUCUUCAUCAACACUGCCGCUUUGUGGGUUAUAUUCAAGGAUGGAGAGAGACAUGAUAUGGACUGGAGGGGCAGACUCUGGGGUUACACACCAGCGAGCGGUAUGGUCCAAGGCUUCGCUGCUGGAUACUUUCUGUGGGACCUCCAAGUAUCUGCGCAGUACAUCAGUAUAUCCGGUCUUAGUGCCUUGCUGCAUGCAAUUGGCGCAUUGGCAGUGACUUGUAUUGGCUUCAAGCCAUUCGGAAACUACUACGGCCUCUCCUUCGUAUUGUACGAGCUAUCGACGCCGUUUCUGAACAUCCACUGGUUCUGCGACAAGCUGGGCAUGACUGGCUCCACCCUCCAACUCUACAACGGCAUCGCUCUCCUGGUUACGUUCUUCGGGUGCCGCAUCGUAUGGGGCACAUAUCAGUCCAUCAUGAUCUACUCAGAUAUCUACAAGGGUCUUACAAUGCCUUCCGCGGGACUUGCGAGCUCGCCCUUGACUGAGGGAAAGUGUGAUGGCAAUCCAGGGGGUUCCGGCUACGAACUACCUGGAAACUGUGAGGUUGGCGACCUACCUGUGUGGUUAGUCUGCGUGUAUUUAGCUGGUAACACGGCAUUGAGUCUGCUGAACUUUUACUGGUUCACGCAGAUGGUUAAAGCUGUGAGGAAGAGAUUCGUACCGCGCGAAGAGCGUGUGAAAAAGGCCCAGUGACCGGGUCACAGCAGACAGUUUAACUAUCUGUAGGAGAAGAGUGUCAAGAUGAACUUGUCAUCGUUCCUUUCAUGGAAAACUGCAUCGUGAUAUUAUGCAUUCAAACAGCUUGUGUGCUAUGUAUUCGAGAGUUGAGUACCAUGUUUGCUACCAAAAGCGCCGGACAGCGUCUUCCAUGCCCAAUGCUAAGCCAAAUGCAAUAAGAGUAUUCAAGAUUCCCAGGUAUCAGGUGAUAUGCCCCUUUUUUCGCCGGUAGGCAAAUUAAUCGAAUUCGCU